UAAUGCUUUGUAAAAUCGCUGAUUAAAAGUUACUGGUCUUAAAUUCUUAAACAGUAUGAACAUUUUAUUCUGUUAGUUACCUACUUUGAUUAGCAUGAAUGAUGGAACAAACAUACUUUAAGAGACAUAAAAGGAGCGAUUAGAAGAGAAGAUUCUUCGAAGGUUCUUGCUUUUCUCUCACUCUGAUCCAAAGUCCACACAUUAUAAAUGCAUGCUUUGUUCCUUAAUCUCCAUGUCUGAAACGCUAGAGGGACACUGAGAGGAAGAAAGGAUGGGAAAUAACAUGGCAACCUACAACAAAUACAAAAGUUUCUUGUUCAUCAUCAGAAAGUUCAAGGUCACCGAGCCAGUUCCACCUCAGGACCUCGAGGAGGAGUUUUCAAAGUUCACUGGAGGAGGAUCUUACAUGUCUGUUGAGCAGCUUCACCGUUUUCUGGUAGAGCACCAGGGUGAAGAGAACCACACCUUAUCGGAUUCAGACAAAGUUGUUGAGAAGAUUUUGCAAAAGAGAAAGACAGGUCAAGAAUCUUUUAACUUAGAUCAAAAGAGAGAACAGGAAAUCACCCUUGAUGAGCUCUUCUGUUUUUUGCUUCAUGAUGACUUUAACGGCCCCUUGAAAACUGAGGUACAUCAUGAUAUGGGUGCUCCAUUGUCACAUUAUUUCAUAUAUACAGGCCAUAACUCCUAUUUGAAAGGGAAUCAACUCAGCAGUGACUGCAGUGAAGAGCCAAUCAUAAAGGCUUUGAAACGAGGUGUGCGUGUCAUUGAACUUGAUUUAUGGCCAACUUACAAUAAGGGUGACAUUAAAGUAGAUCAUGGAUGGACUCUUACCAACCCUGUCUCAGUUAUCAAAUGUCUGCAGUCCAUCAAGAAAUUUAGUUUUGUUGCAUCUGAGUACCCAGUGAUCAUAACCAUAGAAGACCAUCUUACAAAAGAUCUUCGAGCUAAAUUUGCAGAUAUGGCAACUGAAAUAUUUGGGGAAAUGCUUUAUUACCCCGAGACAGAUUGUUUAACAGAAUUCCCUUCACCAGAAUCACUGAAAAAUCGAGUGAUUAUAUCAACCAAACCCCCGAAAGAAUGUUUUGACUCCAACCAUAUCAAGGAGAGUGACAAUUGUCCUAUGCUAAAUGAAAGUGAAUCAUCUGAUGAAGAAUCAUGGGGAAAGAGGUCUUCAGACUCUAGUAGGAACGAAGUGGAGACUGAGGGCACGCAGAAUGGAAGUGAUCGUGAUGAGAGAGAAGUAAGUGCAUGUGAAUGUGGCAACAAAUCAUAUCAGGGGUGUUCACCUGAUUACAAACGCAUAAUUACUAUCCAUAAUACGAAGCUUAAGGGUUGCCUUAAGGAUAAAUUGAGAACUGACGGUGAACUAAGACGCCUAAGUUGGAGUGAGACGACCCUUGAAAAGGCUUCAGAAUCUUAUGGAACAGAUAUUCUUAGGUUCACACAGAAAAAUAUACUCAGGGUAUAUCCAAGGGCAAUGCGGGUCAAAUCCACAAAUUUCAAGCCACAUAUUGGGUGGAUGUACGGUGCUCAGAUGGUUGCAUUCAAUAUGCAGGGUCAUGGCAAAUCGCUCUGGUUGAUGCAGGGGAUGUUCAGGGCAAAUGGAGGAUGUGGUUAUGUCAAAAAGCCUCAAAUUCUAAUGCAGGAAUAUCAAUGUGACAAUGAGUUUGAUCCUACAAGGAUACAGUCAGUGAAGAAGAAGACAUUAAAGGUAAACUUAUACAUGGGACAUGGGUGGAGCCUAGAUUUCAGUCCUACACACUUCGACAAGUGCUCUCCGCCAGACUUCUAUGCCAAGAUCCGUAUUGUUGGAAUGCCUGGUGAUAUUGCAAAGAGGAAAACAAAGGUUAUCAUGGACAACUGGUUUCCUGUUUGGGAUGAAGAAUUUGAAUUCUCAUUAAGUGUUCCAGAGCUUGCAUUGCUUCUGAUACAAGUAAAGGAUAAAGAUCAGGGAAAGGAUGACUUUGCUGGACAAACAUGUUUGCCACUGUCAGAGCUAAAACUUGGAUUUCGUUCAGUCCCUUUAUAUAACAGAAAGGGAGAGAAAUUUAAGUCUGUAAAGAUAUUGAUGCGGUUUCAGUUUGAAUGAAUAGCACAAAAUAGAGAUCAACCUCUAACAUUACAUGGUUUCACCACAUGAAUGCUACACUUGUCAUAAUUAAUCAAUGAAAAAUUUAUACUGCAUGUUGCUAAUUUGAA